GUUACGCUAUGGUCUACUGAUUGCCAUAGCAGGUGAGCAUUGCAUUUCCGUGGUAUGGAUGACAGUAACACACGCUCGUAAUAAUUCGAUCGUGUGGUGAUGACCCAAGUGCUCAUUGGAUUCAUUCAGGAGACUAAUUUGAAAAAACAUGUCUAAAACCAUCAACGCGUAUAGGAUUAAAAAGAUCGAGAGCUUGGGAAAAAUGACUGCGAUGUCUCAAGAAGAGAUCGUUUCUGCUGUGAGGACGGUGGCUCAAGGACUAGAAGCUCUCCGUUCGGAACAUGCAGGACUCCUCCAUGGCCUUCAUGAAGCCCCCGAUCCCGUCGCAAACGAAAGAGCUGGAUUGGUGCAACAAAGCGCCGAUAUGAUAGAACUAGGAUUGGGGGAAGCUCAAGUUAUUAUGGCUUUAGCCAACCACUUGCAGCUCAUAGAAGCAGAAAAACAGAAACUUAGAACACAAGUGAGACGCCUUUGUCAAGAGAAUGCCUGGUUGAGAGAUGAAUUAGCGUCCACUCAACAACGACUUCAAGCUAGUGAACAAACAGUCGCUCAGUUAGAAGAAGAAAAACGACAUUUGGAGUUUAUGAGUUCAGUGAGCAAAUAUGACCAAGAUGUGAACGAUGACAACGCCAGUGAGCACCCAAGAAGUGAAAAACCAGAUCCCGUCGUAGACCUAUUCCCAGACGAUGAUAACGAAGAUAGAAAUAAUAUGUCUCCCACACCCCCCAAUCAGCUGCAGCUCUCCCAGCAAGUAAAUGCAGGAUACGAAAUUCCAGCUAGACUUCGUACUUUACAUAAUCUAGUGAUUCAGUACGCUUCCCAAGGACGGUAUGAAGUAGCUGUACCUUUAUGCAAACAGGCUUUAGAAGAUUUAGAGAAGACAAGUGGCCACGAUCACCCUGACGUUGCCACAAUGUUGAAUAUUCUUGCAUUGGUAUAUCGAGACCAGAAUAAAUACAAAGAAGCUGCGAAUUUAUUAAAUGACGCUUUGGCCAUUCGCGAGAAAACAUUAGGAGAAAAUCACCCUGCUGUGGCCGCUACUUUGAACAACCUAGCAGUGUUGUAUGGUAAAAGGGGCAAGUAUAAAGAAGCAGAGCCUUUGUGUAAAAGAGCCUUGGAUAUCAGAGAGAAGGUUCUUGGUAGGGAUCAUCCAGAUGUGGCCAAGCAGCUGAAUAAUCUCGCUUUGCUCUGUCAGAAUCAGGGCAAAUACGAAGAAGUCGAGAAAUACUAUCAGAGGGCGCUAGAAAUUUACGAGAAACGACUUGGGCCAGAUGAUCCAAAUGUUAGCAAAACGAUGAACAACUUGGCUUCUUGUUAUUUGAAACAAGGCAAAUACAAGGAAGCGGAAGUUUUGUAUAAACAGAUUUUGAAUAGGGCACACGAACGCGAGUUUGGGACAAUUGAUGGUGAUAACAAACCGAUUUGGCAAGUGGCGGAGGAGCGCGAAGAAAACAAAGCUAAGAAUAGAGAGAACGCUCCAUACGGCGAGUACGGAGGAUGGCAUAAAGCGGCUAAAGUUGACUCUCCAACUGUAACAACGACCCUGAAGAAUUUGGGAGCUCUCUAUCGCCGACAAGGGAAAUACGAAGCUGCAGAAACCUUGGAGGAUUGCGCAUUGCGCAGCAGGAAAGAGCAGGCUUUGGACAUCGUCAAGCACUCGAAAAUGGCGAACAUCUUGGGUGACAUGGAGAGGCGCAAGACUGGCAGUGUGAAAGACAAGACUUCACGUCGCGGUUCCCGGGAAUCUCUUGACAUGUCGUACGACGGAGACGAGCCGAACACUGCAAGGACUCCAGACAUGGAAAAAGGCGGAUUGAAAACGAAACUAUUUAACGCCUUGGGUAUAAAUUCGCCUGUCAACAAGCCGCCUAGCUCUUAAAUAAUUCAGUUACAUUUUAAGCUUUGUCUAUCAUAUUAAAAAACUUAAAAAAAAAAAACAAAAAACAUUCCACCAUUUGCUAGAACAUCACCUGUUGUCUCUAAUCGAAUAUGCCGGUUUAUCGCUAUUGCAUGAAAUAUAAUAAUAUAGGCAUAUCAAGCUUAAAAUGUAAACUUAAUUGUAGAUAACUAAAAAAGUAUUUAAUUUUAUUGAUAGUAUUAUUAUCAUCUUUUUGUUACAUUAUCAUAAUUUUUUAAAUUAUUUUCUAAAAGAAAGUGAUAAAAAGUGGGUGGUCUUAAUCAUGUUCACAAAAAGCUUCCUCAGGUAUCAAUGCACCCUGGGUUUUGAUUCAUAUAUUUUUAAGUGCUUUCAUAGACAUCGCAUCUUGUUGCCUAGCAUACAUACGUAAGCAUUAACGCUUUAUUUGGACGGAGGCCUUUUUUUCUCCUCUCGAUUUAAUUUAAUCAAGGCGACGAUGCCAUUUGGAUCUUCCAUACAUUUGUCAAUUAUUACGUUUAUAGGUGAAUCUCCUUUAUGUUAACUAAAAAUUACUUAAUUUGGUAUCUUGUAUAAUUUUUCCAAUAGUUUAUUGUAUAAAAUGAACUAAACUGUGUUAUUUAAAUUUUAGUGUUGUUAACAUUGUUUAUAAUAAAUUCAUGUUUAUCAAUUGAAAA